UCAGAAAUCCCAACCUUCUGUCUGGAAAGAUUCGUGAGGAUGCUGAGGCCUGAGGUCUCGUCAACCUCGUCUUCUGCCCCUGCGGCUUCCCCCGCAUUGGGAAAGGCUAGAAUUCAGGGUCGUCGCUGUAAUUUCGGACUCCAGGAGACUCCUCAGAGCCGCCCUUCAGCGCAGGCCUCCGCGUCCACACCUCCGGGCACGUCUGGAGCCGCCGGCGACCAGAGCAGCAGCAGCAGCAGCAGUGUCCAUGGCCACCCGCCCCGCACUCGACCAGCCCAAGGUUCAUAUUUUGGAAACAAAAGAUCUAAUGCAGAAAACAUAUUUGCAUCAAAUUUUACUUUUGGUACAAGCUCAUCUUCUGCACGAGAUAGUAAUUAUCCUCAAAUACUAAAAACUCCAUUGUCUGCUGGAAAUCCCCAGAGAUCAGGUUAUAAAAGUUGGACACCACAAAUGGGAUAUUCAGCUACAUCCUCAUCUGCAGUAUCAAUACACUCCCCAUCAGUUAUUGUAGCUGUUGUAGAAGGGAGAGGACUUGCCAGAGGUGAAAUAGGAAUGGCAAGUAUUGAUUUAAAAAGCCCACAAAUUAUAUUGUCUCAGUUUGCAGACAACACAACAUAUGCGAAGGUGAUCACUAAACUCAAAAUUCUAUCGCCUUUGGAAAUAAUAAUGUCAAAUACUGCUUGUGUUGUGGGGAAUUCAACUAAGUUGUUUACUCUGAUCACAGAAAAUUUCAAGAACGUUAAUUUUACUACUAUCCAAAGGAAAUACUUCAAUGAAACAAAAGGACUAGAGUACAUUGAACAGCUAUGCAUAGCAGAAUUUAGUACUGUCCUAAUGGAGGUUCAGUCCAAGUAUUACUGUCUUGCAGCUGUUGCAGCUUUAUUAAAAUAUGUUGAAUUUAUUCAAAAUUCAGUUUAUGCACCAAAAUCACUGAAGAUUUGUUUCCAGGGUAGUGAACAGACAGCCAUGAUAGAUUCAUCAUCAGCCCAAAACCUUGAAUUACUAAUUAAUAAUCAAGACUGUAGGAAUAAUCACACACUCUUUGGUGUUUUAAAUUACACUAAGACUCCUGGAGGAAGUAGAAGACUUCGUUCUAAUAUAUUAGAACCUUUAGUUGAUAUUGAAACCAUUAACAUGAGAUUAGAUUGUGUUCAAGAGCUACUUCAAGAUGAAGAACUCUUCUUUGGACUUCAGUCAGUUAUAUCAAGAUUUCUUGAUACAGAGCAGCUUCUUUCUGUUUUAGUCCAGAUUCCAAAGCAAGACACGGUUAAUGCAGCUGAAUCAAAGAUAACAAAUUUAAUAUACCUAAAACAUACCUUGGAACUUGUGGAUCCUUUAAAGAUUGCUCUGAAGAACUGUAACACACCUUUAUUAAGAGCUUACUGUGGUUCCUUAGAAGAUAAGAGGUUUGGAAUCAUACUUGAAAAGAUUAAAACCAUAAUUAAUGAUGAUGCAAGAUACAUGAAAGGAUGCCUGAACAUGAGGACUCAGAAGUGUUAUGCAGUGAGAUCCAACAUAAAUGAAUUUCUUGACAUUGCUAGAAGAACAUAUACAGAGAUUGUAGAUGACAUAGCAGGAAUGAUUUCGCAGCUCGCAGAAAAAUACAGUCUUCCUUUAAGGACAAGUUUUAGCUCUGCUCGAGGAUUUUUCAUCCAGAUGACUACAGAUUGUGCAGCCCUUCCCAAUAAUCAACUUCCUUCAGAGUUUAUUAAGAUAUCUAAAGUGAAAAAUUCUUAUACCUUUACAUCAACAGAUUUAAUUAAAAUGAAUGAAAGAUGUCAGGAGUCUUUGAGAGAGAUCUAUCACAUGACUUAUAUGAUAGUGUGCAAAUUGCUUAGUGAGAUUUAUGAACAUAUUCAUUGCUUAUAUAAACUAUCUGACACUGUGUCAAUGCUGGAUAUGCUACUGUCAUUUGCUCAUGCCUGCACUCUUUCUGACUAUGUUCGGCCAGAAUUUACCGAUACUUUAGCAAUCAAACAGGGCUGGCAUCCCAUUCUUGAAAAAAUAUCUGUGGAAAAACCUAUUGCCAACAAUACCUUUAUUACAGAAGGAAGUAAUUUUUUGAUCAUAACUGGACCUAAUAUGAGUGGGAAAUCCACAUAUUUAAAACAGAUUGCUCUUUGUCAGAUUAUGGCCCAGAUUGGAUCAUAUGUUCCAGCAGAAUAUUCUUCCUUUAGAAUUGCUGAACAGAUUUUUACAAGAAUCAGUACUGAUGACGAUAUUGAAACAAAUUCAUCAACAUUCAUGAAGGAAAUGAAAGAGAUAGCAUACAUUCUACAUAAUGCUAAUAACAAAUCACUCAUAUUAAUUGAUGAGCUUGGCAGAGGUACUAAUACAGAAGAAGGUAUUGGCAUUUGUUAUGCUGUUUGUGAAUAUCUGCUGAGUUUAAAGGCAUUUACACUGUUUGCUACACAUUUUCUGGAACUAUGUCAUAUAGAGGUCCUGUAUCCUAAUGUGGAAAACAUGCAUUUUGAAGUUCAGCAUGUAAAGAACACCUCAAGAAAUAAAGAAGCAAUCUUGUAUACCUACAAACUGUCUAGGGGACUCACAGAAGAAAAAAAUUAUGGAUUAAAAGCUGCAGAGGUGUCAUCACUCCCACCAUCAAUUGUCUUGGAUGCCAAAGAAAUCACAACUCAAAUUACCGGGCAAAUUUUGCAAAACCAAAGAAGUACCCCUGAGAUGGAAAGACAGAGAGCUGUGUACCAUCUAGCCACUAGACUUGUUCAAACUGCUCGAAACUCUCAAUUGGAUCCAGACAGUUUACGAACAUAUUUAAGUAAUCUCAAAAAGAAGUAUGAAACAGAUUUUCUCAGGGCUGAACAAUUUUCAGGAAAGACUGAAGAAUAAUAACAAUUCACAUCAUGUACUAAUGAAAUAAUAUAUCUUAAUAUGAGGAAACUAGGAUUCAUUUUUCUCAAGAGCAAGAGAAAAUAUUUGCUAAAUUUUAUAUUUUAAUGGAAAAUUAC